AUUGCAUACACCACAUUGCUGCCAUCCUCCAAGUACCAGCAAUGGCAAUGUCGCUACGGGCAGCGCGGCUCUUGGGUCGCAGGCAACUAGCACCUCGAGCAGGUUUGGCUCUUCGUGCCGCCUCGUUCUCGCCUCGACCAUGUCUCGCGCCACGGACGUUUGCUACGACCGCUAGCCGUCGCGAGGCCCAGGAUGUCUUUCCCUCGAUGAAAGAGAACCCCGCGGCAAGCUUCCUCUCUUCGCUCAACGAGACGCCCAAGACACCGCAGACGCUCACAGAGAAGAUUGUGCAACGACAUGCCGUCGGUGUUGCGCAGGGCAAAGUCCUCAGGUCCGGCGACUAUGUCACUUUGCAGCCACACAAAUGCAUGACACACGACAACUCAUGGCCCGUCGCUCUCAAGUUCAUGGGCAUUGGAGCCACCAAGAUCAACGACCCAAAGCAAAUCGUCAUGACUCUCGACCACGAUGUGCAAAACAAGACGGAGAAGAACUUGAAGAAGUACAGCCAAAUCGAGGAGUUUGCACAGAAGCAGGAUGUCGUCUUCUAUCCUGCCGGACGAGGCAUCGGCCAUCAGAUCAUGGUAGAGGAGGGCUACGCAUGGCCAGGAACGCUCGCUGUGGCUUCCGACAGUCAUUCCAACAUGUACGGCGGUAUUGGAUGUCUGGGUACACCUGUCGUGCGAACAGACGCUGCGAGUAUUUGGGCAACGGGCAAGACUUGGUGGCAAAUCCCACCUGUCGCAAAGGUCACUCUGAAUGGCAAGAUGCCUCAAGGCGUGACUGGCAAGGACGUCAUUGUUGCUCUGGCAGGUCUCUUUAACAAGGACGAAGUGCUCAACCACGCCAUUGAGUUCACCGGAACCGAUGAGACCCUUGGUAGCAUACCCAUCGAUGAUCGCCUUACCAUUGCGAACAUGACAACUGAAUGGGGUGCUCUCACUGGACUCUUCCCUAUCGACUCCACCCUCCACGGCUGGCUUCGCGCAAGGGCGACUCUAGCCGCCAUGGGAGAGGGACAAGCCAAGGAUCACCACCAGCAGCAGUUUAUUCAUGAACGUAUUGAUCAGCUGUUCACUGCUACUGGCAUUGUUGGAGAGAAGAUGGGUCACAUUUUCAAGCCUGCGUUGGCUGCGGACAAGGGAGCCGUCUAUGCCAAAGAGCUCUUCCUUGACCUGUCCACUCUGUCACCAUAUGUCUCCGGCCCAAACUCGGUCAAGGUUGCCACUCCCCUGCUUGAACUCCAAAGCCAGAACAUCCCGAUCAACAAAGCAUACCUCGUAUCUUGCACCAACUCCCGCGCUUCUGAUCUCGCUGCCGCCGCCAACGUCUUCAAAGAUGCUGCUGUUCUGAACGGCGGCAAGAUCCCCAAAAUCCCUGACAAUGUCAACUUCUACAUCGCUGCCGCGUCAAUUCCUGAACAAAAAGCCGCGGAAGAGGCCGGUGACUGGCAGGCGCUCCUGGAAGCUGGUGCGCAGCCAUUGCCUUCUGGCUGUGGUCCUUGCAUUGGACUCGGUACGGGUCUCCUUGAGCCUGGUGAGGUUGGUAUUAGCGCAAGUAACCGUAACUUCAAGGGUCGUAUGGGAUCGCCUGACGCCAAGGCCUACCUUGCUAGCCCUGAAGUAGUUGCAGCAAGUGCUUUGUCGGGCAAAAUUUCAGGUCCUGGAUGGUACGAGGCUCCUGAAGGCUAUGCAGGCGUUCGGCGGGGAGAGGGCGAUGGUGUUCCUGAGGAAGAGCGUAUGAUGACUAUCGAAGACAUGCUCGAGAAGGCCAUCAAGGAUGCUGAGGCUGCUAUCGAUACCUUUGGCAACGCCGAGCCCGAAACACAAUCCGUGGAUCCGCCCGCGACACCAGGCUCGGAAGCUGAGCCUUUGACUGAGAUCCUCCCUGGUUUCCCCGAGAAGAUCAGCGGCGAGAUUGUCUUCUGCGACGCAGACAACAUCAACACCGAUGGUAUCUACCCUGGUAAAUAUACAUACCAAGACGAUGUAACCCGCGAGAAGAUGGCGGAAGUGUGCAUGGAGAACUACGACCCCAACUUUGGCCAGAUUGCAAAAGCUGGUGACGUUCUUGUCUCAGGUUUCAACUUCGGCUGCGGUAGCAGUCGCGAACAGGCUGCAACUGCUAUCCUGGCAAAGGGUAUUCCGCUCGUCGUCUCUGGUAGCUUCGGUAACAUCUUCAGCCGCAACAGCAUCAACAAUGCUUUGAUGGGUGUCGAGGUCCCCAAGUUGGCCAACCGCCUCCGCGAAGUCUUCUCUUCCCAAGACGCUUCGUCAUCACAGCAAGCUAUCAAGGAGCCUUCAAACAACCGUGAGUCGCUUGAUUCACCACCCCCGGCUGCUGCUGCUCAGCCUAGCCAAGCCAAGCAAUUGACCCGCCGCACCGGCUGGACUCUUGAGUGGGACGUUCGCAGGAGUACUGUCUCCGUACAAGAAGGACCCAAUGGCGCCAAGUGGAACGUCAAGGUCGGCGAGCUGCCUCCCAAUGUGCAGGAGAUCAUUGCUCUUGGUGGGUUGGAGAACUGGGUAAAGAAGGAGAUUGGCAGCCCUCCCUCUUGAGCGUCAUGGAGCUUGAAAAUUAGCUUGUAACAUUCGUGUAUACCCUCUUGAUGAUAUGCAUAAGCGGCGUUGUGGUAUUUAGACUAUUUCAAGCAAGCAACACAUUGUUCAGG